GUUUAAAAGACGUCUGUUGAGGUCGAACAGUGGUAGUCGAACUCCACCAGCAGUACGAAAACGAUGUUCACCUUGAAAAGGAACGGCACCCACUAGGAUUAGUUAGUGGGCUGAGUUGUGCGCGCAUCGAAAUCUCUGGCGCUGUGACUUGUCAAAAACGCUGUACAAACCCCCCAAAAAGGAAUAAUGAAAACGACCAUUUCGGUGGGAAUUUGCGUGUUGUGUUGCCUGGUGGCGCUGAUUGCUGCCGAAGCUUUCGGAUAUCAGACCAAUCGCGAUAAAUAUUCGACGGCUGAAACGGCGGAGGUAUCCAAAAAUGAGCAAAAUUCAGUGAAACCUGCCGAUCACGGAUCACGGAGUACAAAUAGUGUGGAACACGUUUUGGAGUAUGUGCCUGGGGAUUUGAGUCAAGUGAACGAGCACCAGCAUGAGAAGAGAGAGAUACUGACUCAUCCUAGUGGAGGUGACAUUCCUCUGUUGGAUACUCAGCAGCACCUCCGCGGACGCCGGCUGCCUUUCUACGUCGACGAACCUCGCUAUGUCGUAAUUGGGCGACCGUCACUCUUCCAAUCGAACGGGGGAUUUUCCUUCAUUCCGCAGCGCGGUCGCAAAUCGGACCCUCCACAGCCAUCGUCGAUUUCCGCCACAGCCCUGGAGAAGCGGGAACUCUCGAUCCAACAGAUGCUCCAAGGAAGUGACUACUUCGUUCCGAACCGUGGCAAGAAGCGACUUAGCAGUGGGAUCUCCAAGAAGAUAAAGUUCGACGACAUUCUCGGAUCGGAUGAGCUGUUCAUUCCGAACCGGGGCAAGAAAGAACUGUUUGAUUUGUUUCCAGCUAUGACCAGGGGUAGAAUGCUCAACGAUUUCCAGCCGUACCUCAGCAAGAAAAACGUCCUGAACACCAUCCAGAACGUAGGCAGCAAGGAAUCCGAUUCCGGGGGCGAACUGUUCUACCCGACCCGAGGCAAGAAGAACAUCCUGGAAAAUCUGGCGCAAAGCCAGGACACGUUCUUCUCGUCCCGUGGCAAAAGGAAUCCACUGCUGCUUGCCGAGGACGAAGGCCUGAGUCCGUGGGAAUACCUGGCGGGCGCAGAUGACGACAGCAGUUACGAUGCCGACCUGCCGCCCCUCGAUAGCUAUCAGUCUAACAAGAUUAUCACGUAAAGACACGACGGCAUCGACCAACUGAAAGCCAUAACGGGGGGACUGACGUGUGUGUGUUUCAUGAAUUCAUUAACCAGCUUGUUGUAAAGAAAUUAGGUUUUCAGUUUUCACCCAGAGAAAGACGGUAAAAUAUUCAUAGAGGAGAUAUUUCAAAGAUUGAAAUAAAAUCAAAAAAUGCAAAUGGA